AUGAGUGACUCUAGAAUUGAAGAUGACUCCGAGUCUGCACCUACUAGCUGCAUCCAUCAAAUCUAUAGCUGGUUCAAGAUCGCUCUGAAGUUUGGUGGUAUAGCGACCGAGGCCUUUCCCGUGGCAAAGGCACCGGUUUUGGCGCUCAUCGAGAUUCUGAAGAUUGUGGAUGAAACCGCGGAAAACAAGGAGAAACAUGCAGAUAUCAACCAAAGGCUCUUACGCCUCGAAAUCCAGUUCAACAAACCUAUUCCGGGAGACGAUCGAUGCGAGGAGGAACGAAGAGGGCAAGUGCAAAGGCAAGCUAACAAUACCGUCCCAAUCCACAGUAGCAAUCUAACCUCCAAUAACAAUGCCCGCCUCGAGGACUGCGUGAAUCAGAUUAGGGUCGCCAUUGCAGACUAUCAGCUAGGGUUGCAGCAGCAAGACCAUGUGUACUUGAAGGUGAACACAACGAUUCCAUAUCCACAAGCUAACUUUGUAACCGAACAAAUCUUCCUUUGCCAGGAGCUGGCGGACGCUCAACGACUUGACAAACUUCCGUACAGCAGUCUGGCGAUGUUCGAGAAGGCGAUCGAGAGCCGGACGAAGUGCUUUGGAGACACCCGUGCAGAGGUACUCGGAAAGCUGAAACUCUGGAUCAGUGAUCCAGAAGACCACCGCAUCUUCUGGUUAAACGGGAUGGCUGGCACGGGCAAGACAACCAUCUCAAUUAGCCUAGCGGACUACACACGCGAUAAGGGAUUGUUUCGUGCUGGCUUUUUCUGCUCUCGCGAUUUCGACGAGACCCGAGAUAUCAAGCGCAUAUUCCCCUCUAUCGCCUACCAGCUUCCGAAGUCAAAUGUCUCUUCAAGUGAUGCAGUAUGA